GAUUUCCCAUAGUGCCUUGCGAGUGGCGGGCAUGAGAGUAAACUACAGAGGGUCACCAGCGGGUUCUGUUCGUCAUUGUUGGAGUUCUGUUGUGCCGCGGGGGUGUAGGAAGGUGGCGCCUGGUCGCUGCCUUGUAAGUUGGUGCAAUGGCGUUUUUCCGGGGCGUGUGGAGCGUGCUGAGUGCACUGGGAAAGUCCGGAGCGGACCUCUGCGCGGGCUGUGGAAGUCGGCUGCGCUCUCCCUUCAGUUUUGCAUAUGUACCGAGAUGUUUUUCAUCCACCGUGAAUAGUUAUCCAAAGAAGCCUCUGACUUCAUACGUUCGAUUUUCUAAAGAACAGCUACCCAUAUUUAAAGCUCAGAACCCAGAUGCGAAAAAUUCAGAACUAAUUAGAAAAAUUGCCCAGCUAUGGAGGGAACUUCCUGAUUCAGAGAAAAAAAUAUAUGAAGAUGCUUACAGGGCAGACUGGCAGGCAUACAAAGAAGAGAUAAACAGAAUUCAAGAACAGUUAACUCCAAGUCAGAUUGUAUCUUUGGAAAAAGAAAUCCAGCAAAAACGUUUAAAAAAGAAAGCAUUAAUAAAAAAGAGAGAGUUAACAAUGCUUGGAAAACCGAAAAGACCUCGCUCAGCUUACAACAUUUAUAUAGCUGAAAGGUUCCAGGAACAUAAGGAUGGUACAUCACAGGUAAAGCUGAAGACUAUAAAUGAAAACUGGAAAAAUCUCUCCAGUUCUCAAAAGCAAGUGUAUAUUCAACUUGCUAAUGAUGAUAAAAUUCGUUAUUAUAAUGAAAUGAAAUCUUGGGAAGAACAGAUGCUUGAAGUUGGACGAAAUGAUCUUCUACGUCGCACAGUAAAGCACCAAGCAAAAAAUGGCAUUGAAGAGUAUUAAAAUAGAAGAUUGAGUUAUGUUCAUAAUGGAUAGACACAAGAAACCAAUUAGGUCUCCAUAUCUGAUGCUGUUGAAAAUUAGAAAGGAUAAAGUUGGUGAACAUUUUAUAUUUAAUUCCUUUUUCUUUAGCCCAUGGACUUCUGCCAGUUCAAUACAUUUUGUAUUAGUAUCUUGCUUUGGAAAACCCAAACAGAUAAAAAGUUCAUGUGAAAUUUACUUUGUGUUAAGGAACUACUGAGAAUUACAAUAAUCCAUGAAAUGCAGUAGUGAAUCAUUUUACCUUUGAUAAAGGUAAAUCAGACUGUGAAGUUUUUCUUACUUGAUGACUGGAAAGAGUAUUCUUGUUUCCUUAUAUAUAUAUGGAGGCAGGAGUUUCAUAUUCAAAAGUGCCCCAAAUUGUAGAAGUCAUGGUGUUUUAUGAUACAGUUGUACAUGUUUAAAAGAGGGGUGCCUGGGUGGCUCAGUCGGUUUUACAUCUGAUCUUGGUUUCGGCUCGGGUCAUGGUCUCACAGUUCAUGAGUUUGAGCCCUGCAUCCGGCUUUGCUCUGAUGGUGUGGAGCCUGUUUGGGAUUCUCGCCCUCCGCCCCCCACCCCCCGCCCCCGCCCUUCCCUCACCUGUUCUCUCUCUCUGACCCUCCCCGCUCGUACCCUCUCUCUUUCUCUCUCUCUCAAAAUAAAAGAGCACCCAGUACUCAUCUAUGUAAAUGCCAAUUCCUAGGUAUAAUUCAUAUAUUCAGAAUUGAUAGUUGUACUUGCAAGGAAUUGCUGGUUUCAGUUGCAACUUUUUAUAAAAGGGAUGGAGAGAUUUAUAAACGUUUUCCUUAUUGCCUUGUUUCCUAAAGUAAAAACCAAGAAAUUGUGUACCAAAUCUAUGCAUAUUGUUUUAUAUUGCAUAGAAUAAAAAUUUUAAAUGUUUCCUAAUUAUAUGUUUUAGGGUGAAAGAUUCAUUUUGCAAAAAUUUUUCCUGUCUUCUUUUUUAAGUAGGGAUAUGUAUUCUGAAUUAUUUUCUCUGUCUCACAUGAGUGUAUUUAUCCAGGAAGUAGACAACUUGUCUAGUAUAAGUUUUAAAAUGAGAGAUCUAAAAAACAAAAGUCUCCAAUGUUUUUAGACUUGGAAUUUAAACAUUUUGUGUAACAUAUAAAAGCCCAUAUAAGGUAUAGCCAACUCUGGUCUGUGGGCCAAAUCCAGCCCAAUGCCUGCUUUUCAUGGCCUGUGGGCUAAGGAUUGUGUUUACAGUUUUAAGUGGUUAAAAACAAUUUUUCAAAACACACAAAAAUUAAAAGAGAUUUGGUGUCCAUAAAUGAAAUUUUAUUGGAACACAGUUGUACUUACUCUUUUCCUCAUGGUUUAUGGCUACUUUUGUGGAACAGUGUUGAAUAGUUAUUUCAGAGACUGUGUAGCCUGCCUAAAGCCUGCCUAAAAUAUUUACUAUCUGACCCUUUACAAAGAAAGUUUGUCAACCUGUGGCCUUUAGUAUAGACUAGUGUGACUAGUGUUCUAUGUGUAAACUACUAGUGUCCAGUGUAUAAUUGUUAGUAAUAGUUCUAUAAAACUCUUUUCAGAGGUUGUUUUAGAAUCUUUGUCACCAUUAUCUUAAGAGGAAAGAAGUCAAAUCACUGAAGAAGCUGAGCAAAGUUGCUCCACAGUGUUAGCAAGGAAAAUACUCUUUAGUUUCAAAUUAUAUUAGUAUAAUAAAAAAGGUCCAUAUAGUGCGGGAUGAGAUUCUUUCAAAUUAUUUGUUAUGGCUUAGUAAAAGCUUCAUGAGCUUUCCAGUUAGUAUAUACCACAUACCUUAUCAACUUUUAGCAUUUGUUUAUCCUCUCUGGGGAGUCAAGCAAAGGUUUUCAAAAUCUAUACCACCUUUUGAUUAAAAUCAUUCAUCUUUCACCAUCAGUUCACAGGAACAGGAUAACUCAAAAUUUAUAUGCACUUAAUUUUAUGCUAAAUAUGGAGAAAAAUUGUAGCUUCUAAAUCUCCAGAAAAACUCUGAAGAUUUUUGUAGUUUCUAUAUAGAAAAUCAGUACAAAGUCAUGAAAAGAUAACUUGUAUAUAAUAAGCUUGACAAAAGUAGGGACUGAAGAGAAAAAUAGAACUUAAGAGGAAGAAUAAGAUUUAAACAUAUAAAGUUGGGUGUUUUCAAAGUUUCCCCUGUGGUUACAAAUACAGGAUGGUCUGCCAUUAGUUAAAUGGAUAUGCCAUGAAAAAAAAAUAGAUAUAGCGUGAUUCUGAGGCUAGAAGGAUUUGGGGAAAGAAGAGGAGGUACACUACUAGUGUCUAUCAGUCUUUAUUAUUAGGGUUUCCAGGAAAGAAUUAAGCCCUCAUUCCCUGUGGCAUCUAGAAAGGUACUGAUUAUGUACCAUCUUGAGAAUGGAGAAAGUCAUCAGUGAAAUAAUUUACUGUGUUCUGUGCUUCACAUGAGCCCAAGGAGCACAUACGAGUCCGUGUUGAUAGUACAAUAUUCAUUGUAGAAUGGGUAAGAUAGAGAAAUGAAUUUUGUAAAUAUCUGCCUGGACAAAUGUAGUACAAAACAUAUCUUCACAAUUACCUUCUGGGCGCUUUUAACAUUUAACUACCUACGUAUGGUAUUUUAUACAGAACACAUUCAAAUCAUAUCUUUCCAAGUAUAUUGGGAAAUCCAGUAUCCGGUAAGUUCUCAAGUAGUUACACUCUCAUAUUGGAAAAAGAAGUAUGAAACAGUGGCUAGAGCCGAACCACAUUAUGAUAAUACUUUAUUGGGUAUUGAUAAAGUUGGGUAUCAUUAUAAAAUAAUGAUAAUUUAUUGGGUUUUCUUCAUUUCUAAAAGAAUGUUACUGUUAAUACUUUAAAUAUUGGAAUAUCUGAGUCCACACCUUAAUAAACUUCAGUACAUGCGGAA